UUGUCACUGACGCCGUGCGAAACAGUUUCAAUGCAACGACAGUGAAGUAAACUUUAAUUUUAAGUAAAAUCAUAUAAAUUUAAACGAAAUAUUGUAAUAACAUUAAUAUGCCCGUAUCGACAUGUUCGGGUGGCUCGUGCACAAUUUCGAGACCAAAAAAAUCUACUACCACUAAGUCGAAACCAAAAUCGUCCAGCACAAGUGCUAAGAAGACUACCGCUACUAAGAAGACAACGGCCAAGAAAUCGACAACCAAACCUAAGACCACCACAACAAAGGCCAAAUCGACAACAGCUAGUAAAGCGAAGAAGUCUACCACAACAACAAGGAAGUCAACAACUGGCACAAAAUCGAAAACCGCUGCGCGGAAGACAACAACAGCUACUCGCCGACGGGACGACAGUUAUUAUAGCUGUAGUUCCGGUGGUUGUUACUCCUAUUGACGAGCGGAACGUGGAAGUGCUGAUGAAAAGACUGUUUAUGAGACUGGUUUAGACGAAAAAUGGAGGAGACUGCGAUCUAUAUUUAUGUUUUAGUUAUUUUAGUUUUGUCAUAAAUAAGUAAAAAAAAAUUAUCAAUGUUUUUGUAUUUAAAAAAAUAAUGUAACACUUGAUGUGUAUUUUAUAAUAAAGUGCCUACGGGUGCAGAAAAAAUAAA